AUGACUGAGCCCCAUACCCUGUCGUUAUCGGGAGUCAAGCGAGCCAGGGUGGCCAAAUCGUGUACCAUUUGUCGUCAAAAGAAGAUUAAGUGUGACAAAGUUAAACCAAGUUGUGGGAAUUGUAGUAAAAGGGAUAGAUCUCAUUUAUGUAAAUAUGAAGAUCCAGAAUGGAAUAUUAAUGUCCCUGGUGGUGGCUCAAAAGCAGGUAAUGGUAAUGGCAAAUUUGGUGAACAUUUUGCAAAAGUUCGUGAUAAUUUAAUACAACUUGAUGGCGGUGAUGAUACUAGUGGCCAUGGUGGUGUUGAAGACCAUAAUCGAAGUAAUAAUCAAAUCAACAGUGAAAAUAAUAUCUAUCAAAUACCCAGAAAUAACAGCAACUAUAGUCAAUAUUCCAAUCCUUCGAAUGGUUCAUUAAGCUCUACAACACAAUCCAUUGAUGAGCCAAUAUUAAAUUUUUAUAAAAAGAAUUAUGGUUCACCAAGAAUGAUGACUCAAGGUGUAUUAAAUUGGGUUACAUUAUUGAAAAAAGAUAUAUAUUUAAAUGCUGUUUUUGAAUCUUCAAGAAGUGAAAAAGUACUGAUCAGUGUUAAACCUAAAAAUAAUACAAAUCAUGAAAAGGAAUUCAUCUCAAAAUAUAAAACUCAAUUAUACCUUGAUGUGGAUUUAAAAUCUUCACCGUUAGAAAUCCCAAAGUUUGCAAAUAAAGAUUUAAUCACGUGUAUUAAAUCAUGUUUAUCUGAUCUAAAAUUGGUUUGGAUCUUGGUGGAUUUAUUCUUUGGAUCAGAGCUUUAUUGUUUUCUACCUUUAUUUGAUAAAAAUGAAUUCAAGUCACAGUUAUCUGAGAUUAUUGGUCCAAGAAGUGACUCAGAACUCAAUAAUGAUGACAAAACGUCUUCAAUCAAGAUAACAAAAAGACUUGAACUAAGUACAAUUGGAAGUUUAUUAGUUAUAAUGAGAUUUUCCUCAUUAUCAUUAUAUAAUGCUUUGAGAUUUGAUAAAAACGAUUUAACAUCAACAGAAUUAUAUAUAUAUGAACAUCCAAUUAAAAAAAAUUUCAUCAGUUUGGCACAAAAAUGCUUUUCAGAAGUUCAUGAGUUUCGUGAAGCAAAUUUAAAAAUCUUCCAAUUAGAUUUAUUAAUUAGAUAUUAUUCAUUAAUUUCACCAGAAGAUUGUGAUUGUCUUUUAUUAUCAUGUACACAGGCAAUGGGACCUUUGAUACAUUCUGCAAUGAUUAAUGGAUUGAAUCGUGAUCCAAAAAUUGCCCAUCCAGAACAUCCAAAUCCCAAUUUAUUAAGAAGAUUAUGGUACAAAGUUCUUUAUUUAGAUUAUUAUCAAGUUAUAUCAACUGGGGUUCCACCAAUGAUUAAUGAUCGAUUUUUCGAUACGAUUCCACCAGUAUUAAAUACAGAUUCGUCUGCAUUAGAUUACUUUAUUGAUGAAAAAAUUAAUGAAAGGAAUAAAUUACAUGAAUUCUUAAAACCAUUAUUAAAUUUGAUAUUAGAUGUUAAAGAACCACCAACUUUAAAUAAAGUCAUAUUUAUGUUAAAACCUCUAGAGAAUUAUGUUUAUGGUUAUUCUAAAAUUGAUUCAAUAAUGGGUAUGUCAUCAGAUACUUUAUUACAAAGAGUUAAUAAAAUUGGUAAAAUCAAUUGUUUUGUUGAUACUGUUUCAUUACUUUAUAUGAUUUAUUAUCAUUUUUAUCUUUAUCAUAAUGAAAAUCAAGAAUUUAAAGAAUCAUUUCAUUAUUUAAUUGAAAUGAUUAAACUAAUGUCAUUUUGUACACCAUUAGCAAGAUUUUUGAUGGAUGAAAAACAUGGUGGAUUUGAAUUUGAUCUGAAAACUCAUUUUGGUAUUCCAAUGUUUGUUAUUCCAAGAAUUGAAUUACAUUUACAUAAGUGUAUUCAAUUAUUAUUUUCUAUACUGGCAAGAAUUAAAGAUAUGAAGAUGAAUCAUUUAAAAAAUAGAUAUAUAAUUGAUGAUGCUAAAAUUAAAGUUUUGAAUGAUAUUUCAGACUCUUCACUUAAAGUGGCUUGUUCCAUUUUAAAAUCAUUUGCAAAUAUUUCAGAUACUUAUUAUCAUUCUUGGUCAAUGCAAAAGAUGCAUGAGUUUAUUAUAAAGGGAGUGUUGAAAAAUGAUUAUUCAGGUUAUUUUGAUCCUGAUAAAGCUAAAGUAAUAGAUGAACGAUUUUUAAAUUGUUUAAAUCAAUCUAGAGAUAAUGAUGGAAUUUUUAAUAGAUAUUCAAUUGAAAAUUUGAAAAUAUUGGAUCAAUAUAUAAAUGAAUUGGGGUUGACCUUCAAAGAUACUGCCAGAAAUACACCAUCAUCUGCAAGCUCUGUUGAUACAAGUUUUAAUAAUUUAAAUAAUCCAACAAAUGAUUUGAUAUGGUUGAAACAAUUUCAAAUUGAAACUAGUGGUAGUUGCUCCAAUGAUUAUUGGGGUCUACCAUCAACAACAAACAAUACAAACUCUAAUCUAUCAAAUGAUCCAAAUAACGAUAAUAAUAACAAUAACAUACCGUCGAUUGAUGAUUCAAAUAUUAUCAAUGAAUCUAUUCUCAAUGAAGGUGUUGAUUUAUUUGAUUUAGAUAGAUUUUUCUAUCAAGCCUAUGGCGCAUGA